CGUUAGAAACAAUAACGGCGCUCGAUUUAAAAAUUUCCCUUCCUUCGCCAUGCGCGCGGGAUGGUGCCAGCCGUCCCCGCCCUCCGGCGAGCCCUCAUCUCCCUUCCCCGAACCCCACCAUCGCCGCCACCGUCGUCCCCGCCGCGGCAAAUCCUCCGCCUCCACUCCUUUUCUCCGACCCCCCACGAAGAGCCCUGCGAUCCUCAAAACUCCUCCGCCACCCUCCUCCGCCGCGCCGCCGCCCUCCUCAACUCCGCCGCCCAGCCGUCUCACCUCUCACAAAUCCACGCCAUUCUCCUCUCCUCCGGCAUCCUUCGCUGCUCCCCCUCCCUCGCCGCCAAGCUCUUCCUCUCCGCUGCUGACCUCGGCCUCAUCCACCAAGCGCGCCACCUGCUCGACGAAAUCCCCGGCCCAUCCGUCCCCCUCUGGAACGCGGCCAUCCGCCUCCACUCCCGACACGGAGCCUUCGUGGACGCUCUCCUUAUCUACGACAAAAUGCUUCACCAGGGAGUGGUCCCCGAUGGCCUUACCCUGCCCCCUGUCCUCAAGGCCUGUGGCGGUCUCCCCACCCCUACCGUUGGCCGUGCUGUCCAUGCCCACAUCCUCCGGCGGGGCUUUGAGACUGACCUCUUUGUCCAGAACGGGCUUGUUGCCAUGUAUGCCAAGUCCGGCUGGAUUCCCUGUGCCCGUGCUGUCUUUGAUAGGCUAAGUGAUCGAAAUGUGGUCUCCUGGACUUCCAUAAUCUCAGGUUGUGCCCAGAAUGGCUUCCCUCUUGAAGCCCUUCAGAUUUUUGCCAGAAUGCAGUCGUCCUCUGAUGUCAGACCAGAUUUCAUUGCAAUUGUCAGUGUUCUGAAGGCCUAUAUGGACAUCGAGGACUUGGACCAGGGGUCAUCUGUUCAUGGACUGGUAAUCAAGCUUGGACUUGAUGAUGAGCCAGAUUUGGUCAUUACUCUCACUGCAAUGUAUGCAAAGUGUGGGCAAGUCCAUACUGCGAGAUCUUUGUUCGAUCAGGUCCCAUCACCUGCUCUGAUUCUGUGGAAUGCGAUGAUCUCAGGAUAUGCUAAGAAUGGUUUUGCCAGUGAGGCUGUCGAGCUAUUCCGUGAAAUGAUUGCAAGACAUACGAAACCUGACUCAGUUACAAUACGCUCGGCAAUCUUAGCUUGUGCACAGCUGGGCUCACUUGAGGUUGGGAAGUGGAUUGAGGACUACACUGGUCAUAGUCCAUUCAAAGAUGACAUCUUUGUCAAGACAUCCCUUAUCGACAUGUAUGCCAAGUGUGGAAGCAUUGCCCGUGCACAUCGGGUAUUUGAAUGCAUUUCCAAUAAGGAUGUGGUUGUUUGGAGUGCUAUAAUCAUGGGUUAUGGAUUGCAUGGUCGUGGGCGAGAAGCUAUUCAUCUAUUUGAAGAGAUGAAGUGCGCCGGGGUUAGACCAAAUGAUGUCACUUUUGUAGGAGUCUUAUCAGCAUGCAAUCAUGCAGGCUUAGUAGAUGAGGGUUGGAAGUAUUUCUGCUCAAUGAGAGAUUACGGGAUUGAGCCGCGGCAUCAGCACUAUGCUUGUGUUGUGGAUCUUCUUGCCCGUGCUGGGCAUCUUGAGAAAGCUUAUGAGUUCGUCAGGAGCAUGCCAAUGGAACCUGAGGUAACCGUUUGGGGGGCAUUAUUGAAUGCAUGCAAGAUUUAUGGUCAUGUGGGAUUAGGACAGUAUGCUGCUGAACAGAUAUUUGCUUUAGAGCCUUUGAAUGCAGGACACUAUAUUCAGCUUUCAAACAUUUAUGCCUCAGCUGGCAUGUGGAGUGAUGUCGCAAAGGUGCGGGUUUUGAUGAAGGAGAAGGGAGUGACCAAGGCUAUAGGGUGUAGUUUGAUCGAGAUAAAUGGCAAGCUUCACUCCUUCCGAGUUGGAGAUAAAUUGCAUCCAAGAUCUAAGGAGAUUUUUGAGAUGCUAUCUGAGUUGGAGAGAAAGCUGAAGAAGUCUGGAUUUGUUCCACAUAUGGGCUCUGUCUUGCAUGACUUGAGCAUGGAAGAGAAGGAAGAAUCCUUGUGUAAUCACAGUGAGAGAAUAGCCAUUGCUUUUGGGCUGAUCAGUACUGCUCCUGGAACAACCCUCAGGAUUAUGAAGAACCUUCGUGCCUGUGUAAACUGCCAUUCUGCCACAAAACUUAUAUCUAAGCUUGUGGGAAGAGAAAUAGUGGUCAGGGAUAUAAAUCGAUUUCAUCACUUCAAGGAUGGUCUUUGCUCGUGUGGCGAUUACUGGUGAAAGGCCAAAGAUCUCAUUCUCAGCUAUACUGGCUACCAGGUAUUUCUCAAUUCUUUAACAUAUUAUAAUUCCUAGAACUUAUUGGUUCAAAAUUAAUACUAUGGAAAAUAUCAGCUGAAUACAGAAGUAUUAAAGACCGUAUUUUGAAAAUCCACUGCAGUUAGAUUCUAGUCU